AUGUUCCUUCGGUCCAUCGUUGAUAGUUUUCCGAAAACGUGGAUCAUUCAAAAGAGAUAUUUCUCAAGGAUUAAAAUUCCUGAAUAUCUUUUUGACAGAACAGUAAAAGCAGAAGAAGUUUUAAGUCGCCUUACACCUGAGGAUACAGAAAGGUUGGAAUUCUGUAUGGCAGAAUAUCAAAAUAUGCUUGAGAAAGGUGCUGAUGUACCGAAGUCUUUAAAUAAAAAGAAUGUUCUGGACCUGUUGUGUUGCGCCAGUUCUACAUCUCGAAUAAAAUUUCUAAGGUUUCUGUUCAAGUGUGAGAAGCGCGAUGAAAAUGCUCUUAUGAAAAAGUUAGAGAAGGUAACUGUUGUCCCUGAAAGAACACCUGGAUCUUGUGACCGUAUUCUUCGAAUAAUUGAUGAUAAAUGUUCCCGUUCGCAUUGGGAUUUUUGGCAAGCUUCUGAAAUACGAUGUCCCGAUUCAGCUCAGCCUUUGUUAUUUGAUUUCUCGUAUGAAUCUGAGAUGAGAUUAGUUGAUUUAAGGUCUCUUUCUAAUCAAAUGACAUAUGUUCUGAACAGAAAUCGUAUAAUGAGACCUCAUCCAUUCCAUAUAGUGCUUUGUGGUUUAAAACAAGGAACAAAUCAGUUUGCUUACAUGGAAAAUGCUUUUGGUGUGACUGCGAAGCUAUCAACUAUUAAAAGCUUGAACGAGUUUCCGUGGACGAUCACUCCCAAUCAUUUUUCCCAUGAAUAUCCUAUUCAUGAUUUAGAACAGCCUGUUAUACUGUUGUCUCCAAAUGCACGCCAAACAUUUGAAGCUGGUGAAUAUGACCAUAAUGCUGCUUAUGUCAUUGGGGCAAUAGUGGAUAAAGCUGUUCGAAGACCAAUUUCUUCUGCAAUAGCUCGACAGUUACGCAUAAAAUGUGUCAGUUUACCUUUGGAUCGCUAUUUAAGAUGGGGAAGUGGCAAAAGCAAAACACUAACCAUAAACUGCAUUCAUGCGAUAAUGUGUGCAGCCAAAGAAACUAAUGGAGACUGGAAGAGAGCUUUGCUUGAAAAUAUUCCUUCACGAUUUUAUGCUCUUCCAUCAAAAGAUUCUGUUGUAUAUAAAAGUACAUAA